AUGCGACUGUUCUAUCUCCAGUUGGCGUUGGUAUUAGGAGACCUGCACAUCCCACACCGGUGCAACAGUUUGCCAGCUAAAUUAAAAAAACUGCUGGUACCAGGAAAGAUUCAGCACAUGCUCUGCACUGGAAACCUCUGUACCAAAGACAGUUAUGACUAUCUCAAGACUCUGGCUGGUGAUGUUCAUAUUGUGAGAGGAGACUUCGAUGAGAAUCUGAAUUAUCCAGAACAGAAAGUUGUAACUGUUGGGCGGUUCAAAAUUGGUUUGAUCCAUGGACAUCAAGUUAUUCCAUGGGGAGAUAUGGCCAGCUUAGCCCUGUUGCAGAGGCAGUUUGAUAUGGAUAUCCUUAUUUCAGGACACACACAUAAAUUUGAAGCAUUUGAGCAUGAAAAUAAAUUCUACAUUAAUCCAGGUUCUGCCACUGGAGCAUAUAAUGCCUUGGAAACGAACAUUAUUCCUUCAUUUGUGUUGAUGGAUAUCCAGGCUUCUACAGUUGUCGCUUACGUGUAUCAGCUAAUUGGAGACGAUGUGAAAGUAGAACAAAUCGAAUACAAAAAAUCUUAA